CGGAGCGGCCAUCUUGCCGUGGUUCAGUCGGAAACCAACUGCCGAGCAGUGAGGGAAGGUGAACGAAAAGAUCCGAUGUGUUAGUCGAAGGAUUUUUGAUGCGCUUCCGAGCCCGGUUACCGCUACGUGCGAGAGGCUGUGCGAUAGCGACAACGGAGCAGCGAACACCGCAGGAUUUGCGCGUACGAAGAAACCCCGGUUUAGCCGGCCGAAAAGUCUCAGAGUAGGAAAGAGGAGUAGAAGGAGGAACGGUGGUAGGCAAAAGUUUUUGUUUGGUGAUCGAGGACUCGAGAAAAUUGGGUUCUUGUUCGCCUAUUGGGAACAACCACGUCAUCGGAUCAUAGGCAGUGGAAAGAGACCUUUAUCGGCCGAUAUUGUUGGCGAUAAAGGUGUUGCGGAACAGUGAACGAGCGAGCAGAAGAGAACAAGCACAGUGUCAGAGUCUGUGAUAGUAUUUAUUCAAAAAGACGCUGCGACGAGUGAUAUUGUCGCGUGGAAAAAUGGUGGAGAAAAUUCUGGAAGAACGAGAGGAUGGGUGCCAGGAGGUUGGAAGAGAGGAUGCGAAUCGUCGAGACACUGUGAAUACAACGGGGGAAUCUAUGAGCGCGGUGCAAGCUCGGCAAGAAGAGGCCAGGCGUAAAAGACGCAGGAAGAAGCGUUCUGGUUCGUCUUUCAUGUCUUCGUGCUUCCAAGAACUGUACAGAUUAACUGGCGAAGUUCUUGGAGAGGGUGCUUACGCCUCGGUCCAGACUUGCCGGUCGCUUUAUACCGAUCUGGAAUAUGCCGUGAAAAUAAUCGAUAAGAUUCCCGGUCAUGCUCGCGCCCGAGUAUUCAAAGAGGUCGAGACGUUCCAUCAUUGCCAGGGCCAUCCGAAUAUUAUUCAAUUGAUCGAAUUCUUCGAGGACGAAGAGAAAUUUUAUCUCGUAUUCGAGAAGGUCGAUGGCGGCCAGUUAUUAAGGCGAAUUCAGGAAAGAAUUCACUUCAGCGAACGGGAAGCAAGUCAGAUAAUCAAAGAGAUUGCUAGCGCGCUAAAUUUCCUUCACAAAAAAGGAAUCGCUCACAGAGAUCUGAAGCCCGAGAACAUCUUGUGCGUGUAUCCGGACAAAUUGAUACCGAUCAAAUUGUGCGACUUCGAUCUUGGCUCGGGCAUCAAGUUCAACAACUCGUUGUCCAGUCCCGUGGCAACGCCGCAGCUUUUGACGCCCGUCGGGAGCGCCGAUUUCAUGGCGCCGGAAGUCGUGGAGGCAUUCAUCGGAGAAGCGAAUUAUUACGAUAAGCGUUGCGAUCUGUGGAGCCUCGGCGUGAUCAUGUACAUUCUCCUAUGCGGCUAUCCGCCAUUUUAUGGUAACUGCGGUACCGAUUGCGGUUGGGAGAGGGGCGAGAACUGUCAGGCCUGCCAAGAGCUUCUGUUCACCAGUAUUCAAGAGGGCAGGUACGAAUUCCCGGACAGCGAGUGGAGAUGCAUUUCGGAGGAUGCGAAAGAUCUGAUCAGAGGCUUACUGGUCAAGGAAGCUCAUCAGAGGCUCAGCGCCGAGAGCAUUCUGAAACAUCCGUGGAUCAAUCCGGGACCGUCUCUGGUCGAGAACACCGAGAAAUCUCUCACGACUCCUCAUAUCAUCAGGAGGAAUAAUUCCGCGAGGGAACUAUCGGUGUUCGCGGAAUCGGCUAUGGCUGUGAAUCGAGUGGUACUUCAACACUUUUCCGUGAAUCUAGAGGACUUGGCGGAGAAUAGGGAGACGAGACUAUCGACUUCGUCCACCGACGAAGAUAACCAUCCUUACGGGCACAUGUCGGAUUCGAGCAGCGAGCUAUCGGAGCAUAGCAAGCUGUACGCGACUCAUUCCUCCAGUGAGUUCGACACGAAUUCGCGGCCGAAGUCUUGCUCGGUUCGUUCGAGCAUCGAUAUAAACGAUUCGAAGACCAUCGGGAAGAAUCGGUUGAUCGGCAAAGAUUCGUCGUUGCAUCAGCUGUUCGGUUUGUCGCCGCCUAGCGAGAGCCGUUUGCUACAGCGUCGUUUAAAGGCGCGAUCGGAUCUGCUCGAACGCCAGACCAACAAAGCGGUCGUUGCGUCCCCAAGUGGUUGAAAAGCGACGUCUUUGCGAUUAAAAUCAUCCUUGCUUUGUAGCGUAUAAUUCGUAUUUACACAUCUGCGUAUAAGAGUACGAGGAGAGCAGUCUGUGAACAGCAAAUGCUAUCUAUCGGCGGUUUACGAAACGGUUACAAAAGUAUAAGCAGUUUUAUGAUUGUCAAAAAAAAAAAAAAAAAAAAAAAAAAAAGGAAAAGGUAAUUGCGUUAAAAAUAACGAGCUGGUUUAACGACUCGCGACAACGAUGACUAUGCACGGGCCAACCAUACGUACUACUGUGCGGGGUUCAUCGGCAUCGACGAUAAUCUUUCGCGGGUACUUGUUCGAUGAAAUUGGAAGUAGAAUGUCGUUCUGUUUUUUUCAAAUGUGUUUUACAGUGGAUAUUUUAAACAAUACCGAACAGAGGGGGGGUUCAUGCCACGAAUACACGGAUACGAUACACGCUUGGAAAUAUAAAAAUGAACGCUACAGAUGUUGAAAUUCGAAUUGAAAUCGUCCUCAGUCUCGGGACAUAAAAGCCUUUAACGUGCAUUUCAUCGAAACGAUUUGGAAGUACGUAGACUAAUUAGAAACUAAAGUUAAACUCGCAACUCACGGUAGAUGAUCUUUCUGUACUUUCGCUGACAUAGUGCGUAGAAGUAUGUGUAUGCUCAUAUCAAUUUAUUGAGACGGACGUGUACACACCUACGGGAUGCUUGACGGCGUUUUUGAAAAUGGGAACGUCGGAUCUUUUGGCGAACAUAUUUCAGUUUCGAUAUAAAUCUUGUAGCACGGGGAAACCAUGGCAAGCGAAAAUACCGAGUUUCUUUUCUUUCCUGGUCGCUUUUCGCGGGGUGUGGUUUAACAACAGGGAACCGAACGCAUUCUCCAGUCAGAAUAACACGGGUAACGGGUUGACCAGUAAAGCGCAUUUUUUUUUUUUGGUGCAUGUUACGAAUAGUUUGCUCAGUAGGUUUCUAAGGAUCUAGCAGAGUGUAAGUUCGAAAGAAGUCGCGAGUAAUAAUGGUGUCCAAGAAAGAAACAGGCGCUGCCGGCCCGGCUCUAACGGCCAUUUUUUUGUAAAUGUCCCUUAAAGUAUCUUUGUAGAAAGUUAGCACGUAAGAAAGAUAUAAGGUUAGUUUAAAGGGAAAAAAGCGGAAAAGAAAAAAAAUAUAAAAAAAAUUACAGAAAAAAUUGUACCUGCGUCGUAAGUGAAUAAUGAAGCGCGAGAAAGAUAGGGUUAGAAGUAUAGAAAAUCGUAAAGGAUUAAAGACGAGAGGAACGCGUUUGAGAAAUAUAUUUCUCGGCGUACCUAGAUUACACGAAAUCAUCCAUUAAUUGCUGUUACGUAUUUUUGUAGAGUUUUAUCGGCGAAAUGUCGUUUUAUCGUCUACCCACCCACAGUCGCAGCAUCAUUGUUACCACGCUAAUUUAUCUUUCCUUUUCGUUCGAUUCGUGCAACAGAAUUUCUUUUAAUGUGUAUCGUUUCCUUCUACUCUACUCUAUGUAUAUCGAAUUGGAACGUUUACUUUUUAAUGGCGGUGCAUAAUAGUAACGAUAGAUCGUAAACAUAUAUAUAUAUAUAUAUAUUCAUCGAACACUGCAGAGUUGAGAAAAAAAAAAACCACACGCGAUCGUGUAAAAUGAAAACGAAAGAUUUGUAUUUUCCGAAUCGAUUUAUUUUCAAUUUUAUAUAUUCCUCUAGUUCGUACUGUGCGGUGGGGGGAUUUUAUACUCAGGGCAGUUGCUACGGGCUGCGUAAAUUUGUUACGAAUCGCAUACUAUCGCGUUUGAAGAGAACUAAGAAGAAAGAGUUUAUGACUAUACACGAUCGAAGUUCGUUCAGGGUUAAAGUUAAAUCGUUACUCGUUCUUCCUUCUUAUAACGUAACCCUGAAAAGCUUUGUUCAACAACUUAAAUGACACGCUGCAUAUCCUACGGCAGUUGUCUACGUAGAUAGAGAUAGAAAGUUUCUUCGAAGACGGUUCAAUCUUUCCGAUAUAUUUGGAGAUGUAAUUUUGCCAUAUUUUUUUAUUCUACCGAUAUCGAUCGGAAACGAGGCAUCAUAAUCGAUCUUUCAAUAACUUUUCGUUAUUCCGUCGAUUCGACCGAGUCUUCGAAUUUUUAAGGAUAAAAAAAAAAACCUCUAAAACCGUAUGCGUGAGUGUGAGCGUGUGCGUGAGCGGAAUGGUGUAUAUGUGCACGUGUGCAUGUAUAUACAAUAGUGCUUCGAAAGUUGCUUACAUGCCAAAUUUUCAAACUUGUACAUAGCUGUUUCCCCACCCACUCGAGAGACUUUCCAAGGCACGCGCUUGAACGAGUUACCAACCGAUGAAAAACGAAAUAUUUAUAUUUUUCAUUUUAUCCCCCACGAAUGCAUUUGCGAGAAAACGCAUAUCUUAUUGGCUUAAUACACGUAUAAUCGCUCGCUUCUUUUUUCUAUUGCUCUCACUUUUGUUUUCACUCUCGACAAACUAUUAACGAGAGUUGUCGUUGAAACACUCAAUGUGUAUGUGUGUUACGUGUGCGCGCGUGUGUGUGUGUGUGUGUGUAUAAAAAAAAAGUACAAUAGAUCUCCAUAGAACGCGGGGAAUGUUUCACGGUACGUAAGAGUUGUCGCAAUUUUUUUUUAAAAUCGCGUUAUAUAUAACCACGUUGUACCAGUAUUACUUUGUACGGGGACCUACUGUAAUGUCCUUAAAAAUUCGAACAUUCGCGAAUGAUAAAAGCGUUAUAAUUGACAGCGAGAAAAAAAUAAAAUGAAAAAAAAACAGUGCGUGUACUCACGUUACAACACAUGCUUACGACGUAGAGACGAAAAAAAUCAAUUAUGUUAUUAUACGUGAUUCAUCUAUCACGGAAAGCGUUGAAACAUAAAAUAACACGAUUAUAGGUCUCUUUCUCGUAAGAUCAAAGAUAUCGACGACGACGAUAAUUGGGUGUCCUUUGCGUUGUCGUGUCUUUCGAUCGCCCUUUCCUUCGUUAUUUGUCACAUGUUACUGAAAUUGUGUUUUCUUUCUAUUAACUUUUAUGCUUUAAAUUUCAAACGAUAUGUUUUGGUCGUUUGUUAAUCGUCAACGAUAGUUUCGUUAUGAAACCCGAAUACACUGUCGAUCGAUGUAAUUUUUGUCCAUAGAGUGUUCGGCGGUAUUUUGUUCGGUUUUACGUUCUUGCGGAACGAUCGAGACAAACGUCAUCGUAAUACUACCGUUAUCGAUCGAGGGUGUGUUGUACAAUAAACGAAAAGUUGGUACGUUAACGAAUCGCAUGUAGAUAAAAUGCUUUCUUGAGAAACGAUUUUUUAGCGUCGCGUAAGAAGUGAGAACCGGUAGAGCAAAGAAAGACCGUAUUCUAACGAAGUUUUUGUUAUGCGAGUGAAAAGCCAGAAACAAGGAGGGGAGAAAACCUACGGCCAUAAUAUAUAUAGAUCUAUAAUUAUAAUAUCGUUUGUGCUUAGUAAGCAUGUAAGCAAGGAGGCGCCCUGUGCCGUGCGCGCGAACGUCUAUGUAUGUGUUUGCUCUGUGUAUGGAAGACGUGUGCGUGAAUGUGUGUGCGUAUACGACGAGCGAGAAGAUUGAGCGACGAACGAAUUACGCGCUACGUGUUCUCGAACGACGGAAACAAUACUAGCGUUUAAGCGAAGAAACGAACACCUUUGUAUAAAUGUUUUAUGGUUUCGUACUAAGAUACCGCUGCGCUAUACCGACAAGUCUUUCCCCCCCCCCGAUCAUAUACAAAUCAUUUCUCGCGAUUCAUUUACUGUCCAUAGUAAAAGUCUCUCUAUGUGUAAAAGAAAGAUAUUAAUUUGUCAAGUAUACCCCGUUGAUGGUUUUAUAAUUUAAUUACUAGGAGUCUUAUCAAAACGCCUUUGAUCUCUUCUG